CUCACGUGCAGAGCCUGACGCCGUCGGACGCCUCACUCACUCUGUGUGUGUGUGUGUGUGCUCUGACUCUGAGUCUGAGGCGGCGACGGUCACCUUCGCAGGCUUGUAUCUUGCAAGACAGAAACUGGACUCUGCAUUGAGCAGGUUCUGGUAGAAGAGAAGAGGCGGCGGGCGCCCUUCCGACCUUGCUGACGACCAUUGCUCAAAGAAGCGAUCGUUUUGAGCUGGCUUCAUUCCGGACCAUCAAUCAAUCCGAGGAAUGCCGAUCUCCCAUUUUAAGAAAAGAUUGCUCGGACGAAGAAGCGAACGUCCAGUGGAAUCAUCGCACGCGAAAACGAGCUGCAAUUGGUAAAGUGUUCUGAUGUGGUGGUGUCUCCGGAAGCUUUACUACAAGCAGAUUUCGAGGAUCGUGCGAGGAUCCGGCCCACAUCCGCCACUUUUGUUUUCAAGGUCAGGGCGGAUGAGCGACUGACGUGAUGGGCAGGUGGUUCAUCUGUACAUACGCCUGCGAGGGUUUCUUCUCAAACCCACUUUGUCCUUGCUGACGUUUGAUACGCAAUGGAUCUGGGCAGGGCCCGGGAGGAGAUUUUGCGGAAAAAGGAAGAAGAAGCUCUCCGGAGCAAGAUGAAGGCGAGAGCGCUGAAAGAAUGUAAAACCACUCUAACAGCAUUUGCUGAGUGCGCUCGAGGCCGGACUAUCUCCGUAGUCUGGGCUUGCAAAGCCCAAUCCCGGGAGAUGAAUGAGUGCCUUCAUCAAUAUACCAACGAUGAAGUCUUUGAACAGCAAAAGCAAGACUAUAUGAACCAAAGACGAGCGCAGAACGAGUCAGAAUGAGGGAACUAGAGUGAAAGUUGAGCAGUUCGGCAGCUUGGCGAAGCUGCUAAGAGUAUGACAACAUUCAACACUAUAUUGGAGUUGCGGUUAUCGGAGAUAUCCAUUGGAGUUGAAAACAGAUUGCAGAUGCUGAAUUGCCGCGUUGACUUUUCUCGUCUUAAAGUUUUAUCGAAAGGUCCAGUCAAAGUCACAAGUAAGUCUUUUGAUCGAUCUGCUUCCGCUUUCCGUAUUGAACGAGCUUCGUCCGGCGCUCUUUCGACCAGACUCAAAUUGUUUAUCCAGUUCGGGCUCAUUACUUGGUCCUUUCUAUGCAUCUGUUAAACGUCUGCUCUUUUAAAGCAUGCUGG